UAAAAAAAAUCUUUACUUUAUUAAUGAAAAUGAAAUGAAUUGAAUCUUCCGCUUUGUGGAAUUUUUCUUAUCUUAAAACAUAUUCAGUUUCUAUUUAAUAGUAUUUUGUAUUAGUGGUUGAAGGAGUGGUCUGGAGGUGGCGACAUCCUCAGCACAACUACUUAUUGCUGGAACACAUCAACUACAAGUCUGUUUGCGUCUUGACAUCCUAUGAUGCAUCUCCUCAUGCUGAUCUUUGGGACUGUGCUUCUUCCUAAAGCCUACACUCUGAAGUGUUAUGAGUGUUCAACGGCUCUUGCAGGAAAGUGCACAGAUACAGAAAAACAAUGUCCUGCAUUGAGUGACCAGUGUGCUGUAGUGCGAGCUGUUACAUACGCAGGUGGAUCAAAACUGUUUGAUAUCACUGGGAAAUCCUGUUUUUCGACUGAACAAUGUCUCAGUAGUUCCGUCAACUUUGGAGCUGCCAAAACUGUAUUUAACAGUCGCUGUUGCACCACUGAUCUGUGCAACACCCGCCCCGCCCCAGACAUCAGCAACACCAGACCUAAUGGUAGAAAAUGCUUUACCUGUGAUGUACAAACAAAACAAUGCGAAGCAACUCUGAACUGCGAGGAAACUGAGGACCACUGCAUCACGGCUUCAGUGCACAUAGGAGGGGAAACAACCACAAUGAAGGGCUGUGCCUCCGAACAGGUCUGCUCAAGUUCGCAAAGUAACAGCAUGAUAGGAUCCAUCGGGACAAACAUCAGCUGCUGUCAGGGUGACUACUGCAACAGCGGCAGGUCUUCGCUCCUGCUCCUGCUGGCCCCACUCAUCUACUUCGUUGUUUUCUUUUAACUGAUGGAGAUACAAGCAUCACUGUUUACCAACAUAUUAAUGGAAAUUUUAUUUUUACAUUUCUACUCAUGUGCUUACUUAUGAUUUUUUUUUUAAUAUACUCAUACCCAUUCAUGAGUAAAACAAAUAUGCGGCAAC